CGGUAAUGGUGGUGGCGUUAAUGCGGAAAAGUUAACGCUUGUUUCCAUAGCUGUUUCAUGCUUCCUUCCACAUGAGGGUUUUAUCCAGGCUGAUGUCAGUGAACGAGGCUAAAAGUCUGGCACAUUGAUGGCUGCCUCUGUGUUGUGCCGGCGGGUGCCCAGGCUACGCUACCUCCCGUGCUUGAGAACAGCCUUUGCCCAGGAUCAUCGCAUGCAUGUCAUACCUAAUACUGCAACUGAUGAUCAGGAAGAAAAGAAAAAAGAACUGCAACCUCAGGAAGCCAUUUUCCCUGAAGGAUACAAUCUACAUUACAACCCUUCAUCAUAUCAUCACUCAGCAUGUAACUCUGAAGUUUCCCGCAGCCAAGCAGAGGAUGAUGAAGAUGAACAAUGUUCCCCUGCUUAUGCCCCUUCCUUUUGGCAACAGAGCAAUCGCUACAGUGUGAGUUGCUCUCGACAUCUCUCAAGCUCAAAAAACACACUGCUUGACUUGGCUUACGACAAAUGCGCAGAACCCGCGGUAUGCUCAGUGUCGCCGCACGAGAAGGAUCCCAUACCACCUUAUGCUCAAGUGGACUCGCGUGCCUUCUAUAAUUGCAGACCGGAAUAUGCCUCUGUUUCACUUAAUCUAACAGAGAGGCCUCAUCCAGUCAAAUGGGAAGAGGCCAUUAUGCUGCUCAAGAAAGUGAAUGUUUUAAAGGGCAACAUGAAACCAUCUGAUGUGUCACGUUUCUUCGUGGAGCUCAGUCGGCUGGACCCGAACCAGGUGACAUUAUUGCAGAGUGACCCGCGCUUCAUCAUGCUCCUCAGGUAUUCUGCGAGACACCUUCAUCUCUUUACUGAACUUGAGCUUAUGAAGACGCUGCAGUCGUUUGUGUGGUUGGACGUGCCCCCUGUCCACCCUGUACUUGAGCUGUAUGAGGCCGAGCUCAUCCGUAGGGUCGACCAGAUGAGCUUACAUCAGUUGCUAUUUGCUGCUGACUUAUGCCGCUGUAUUGGGAAACGGGUUCCCCAGUUCUUACAGCACCUCUACGACUUAGUCCGUUUGCACCUGAGACAGGUGCGGGUCCAUGAACUCGUCCAGCUGUUGUAUAUAAUUGGAGAAGGUAGGCACUGCCCAAAAGAGUUGAUCCGUCCUCUGGAGCAGCUUCUCAUGCACCAUUUACAAGAACUACACCCUGAAGAGGUUGGCACUGUGUGCUUGGGGCUCUUUAAAAGCCAAACUUCCAUUUCCAAAGUCUCAGUGACUCACAUUAUUGACAAGGCACUCUCUUGUGUGAAUGAGAUGAGUGACUUAGCACUGGUGAAUGUGAUGAAAUACUUGCGUUUCAGUCACCUGUAUCACAAGGCAUGGCUGGAGGCCAUGGCACAGGAAGUUCCUCUUCGUGCACACAGGAUGGGUGUGAAGGGCCUGAUGCAUGUGGCACUAGCCUGUUCAGCACUGCAUUACAGAAAUGAUGGCAUCCUUACUGCUAUCGCUGAGAGAGUACCUUUACUAGCUCCACACUGCAGGUGUAAAGACUCGGGAAAACUUCUUUGGGCCUAUGGCACAUUGCGGUUUCAAUCCACAGAGAGUCCAAGCUUCUAUUCAAGCCUUACACAAUCCAUGAGGCAGAGGAAAACUCAAUUCCGAAGAAGCCCAGAGCACCUGCUUACUGGUCUUAUUGGCUUGGCGUUUGUCUCACUUUUCCCAGAGGACCUCAUUGCAUUUGCCUUGAGUACUGACUUUGUGAACUUGGCAAUGAAACAGACACAAGAACUGAAAAAAGACUUGUUCACUUUAGAUGAGACCGUAGCUCUGGAGGUGCCUGAGUGGAAUGGUCCGCGAUUAAGCAGUGAAAUCAGAGAAGAGGUGGCAGAAAUGCUGUGGAAGUUUGCCCAAUCAGAUGUGUGCCUGAAACCAGAGGUUCUGGAGGCAGAAUCUUGCCUGCAAGAUCUGCUUGGAGGAGAGAGUUUUGUAUGGAAGAGAAUGAUCAUGCCCCACACUCGCUCCAUUGACCUGGAAAUACAUCUUGACCACACUGGACAGCCCAUCCCUGUGAACCAAAACUCCCCGGAACAGACUGCAUCUACAUCACCUUCUGAUCAGGGCUGGGGGAAGUUAAACGUAGGAGUGAGCAUAACCGAUGAACUUUUAGCACGGAUGAUGAAUAAAAAUCCCACCACCAGCCCUUCAACACCAUUUAGUGUUAAACCUAGAUCUCAUCAUAGAUUACAGUCUAAUGGAUUUGUGAGACUGUUCGACACAGACCUGACCAGUGAAAUCACAAAAACUCUGAUCAAACCUAGAGAUACAGUCUCUGCACAUCAGGAUAACGAAGGUAUAAUCAAAAUUGCUGUCCAGGUCCCGAACAGGAACCACUAUUGCCUUCAGUCAGACCAGUUACUGGGACUCCAUGCCAUGAAGAGAAGACAGCUACAGAUGGCAGGCUUUAGAGUUGUAGAGCUUGAUAAUAAGGAGUGGUUUCCCUUGCUAAAGAAAGGCAGGAUUGAAAAGCUUGCUUACCUGCACUACAAAAUCUAUGAUAGUUUGUAAUUAUUCUCAUACCUAGAGGAGCCAAAGUCCACAUAACUCAAACUGCAUGACUUCUGGGUAAAAUCUGGUUAUAAAUGAGUAUGUACAAAGGACAGAAAACAAGUCUGUAACCUCCGCCCACCAUUGACAUUUUUUAAGUUUAAAAAAUCAGUUUCAUAAAGAUUUUUGUUUUGAAAUAGACAUUUGGAAAUAAUACAAACGAAAUAAAUCUUGUUAUCCAGUGUG